GGCAGCAUGGAACGACUACAAUUUGUUGCACCAUGGCGUGAGUUGGACCCUUCGGUGCUUUCCAAAAACGGACUGCAUUCUGUGCAUUCUGUUCAGUUCACUACCCCUGUGAGCCGGGAAGUUGCUCAUACUCCAAAAGCGAACAGACAUUUCAAGUCUGUUGUGUGUGGCACAGCGGCGAUGCUGUUGACAUGGCUUGGAAGCCAACGCCGCAAACCUGCUCGAUGCCAACCUAUUGAGUCGACUUUGAGAGCUGCACAGGACAAGGGUGCUGCAUCGAACACGCCUCCACCUCCACCUCCACCUGGUCCACCACCUGUCCCACAGGCAAAGGCAAAGAGCAGUUCGAACCCUUCUCCAGCUACAAAACCGCCGCCGCCGCCACCACCAGAUGUAGAGGCAGAGAAGGAUGUGCCAAACAGCGAUAGCCCUGCCCCAGCAUCAAAGGCGUCAAAGGCAGCAGCAGAGGCUUCAAAGACGAGUGUGGUGGAAACCACUGCUUCCACGCCUGUGCAGAAGGCAGAGAAGGACGUGCCAAAGAGCGAUAGCCCUGCCCCAGCAUCAAAGGCGUCAAAGACAGCAGCAGAGGCUUCAAAGACGACUGUGGUGGAAACCACUGCUUCCACGCCUGUGCAGAAGGCAGAGAAGGAUGUGCCAAAGAGCGAUAGCCCUGCCCCAGCAUCAAAGGCAUCAAAGGCAGCAGCAGAGGCUUCAAAGACGACUGUGGUGGAAACCACUGCUUCCACGCCUGUGCAGAAGGCAGAGAAGGACGUGCCAAAGAGCGAUAGCCCUGCCCCAGCAUCAAAUGUGUCAAAGGCACUGGAGGCUCAUAUUGCCUUCCUUGAGAAAGAACUCAACCA